AUGUCUUCUCUCCAAACUUUCAGAAUCAAGCAAUUUCUGGCCAGGAAACAAAAGCAGAAUCGUCCUAUUCCUCAGUUUAUUAAGAUGAAAAGUGGUAAUAAAAUCAGAUACAACUCCAAGAUAAGACACCAUAGGAGAACAAAGUUGGGUCUGUAA